AGAAAUGACCGGUGAAAGUCAAGAAGCCCUCUUAGCUCUCUACUGACUACUCUCUCUCCGCGUAGGAUACAAAGACAUUUGACACCAAAGCCUAAAGCUGUGUGCCUGUGUUUUAUGGUUCUCUUUUCCAAUGAUGUCAUCAGCAAAGCAUCAGAGAAAUCAUAGAGUCUCUGCUACAACCAAGAACAAGAUUCUCAACACUGUUUCUUCCAUCUCAUCCUCAUCACCACCAUCACCAUCGUCCUCAUCCUCAUCAUCUCCUUCAUACUCACAAGACUCCCAAGAAGCCCAAAAGAGUUCUUUAAUCACCAUGGAAGAAGUUUGGGAAGACAUCAACCUUGCUUCCAUCCACCACCUAAACCGCCACAGCCAACAUCCACAACAUAACCAUCAGCCGAGGUUCAGGAGCCAUGACCGUCAGAACCAAAACCAUGAGUCCAUGUUCCAAGACUUCCUCAACAGACCUUUGAACCGGGAACCAAACAUGCCCAUAAGCCUCAACGGCAAUACCACCACUGUCACUGCUCUCUUCAGCAGCUCUCCUCUGGCGGCACCUCCUGCAACUGUUCUGAGCUUGAAUUCCGGUGCCGGCUUCGAGUUUCUUGAUAACCAAGAUCCUCUUGUUCUCCCUAACUCUAAUCUUCAUAGGCACAAUCACCUCACUGACGUUCCUUCAUUCAACACUUCUUUCGAGGAUCUUACUUGUUUUGGCAAGAAAAGAGGCCAAGAGUCCAAUGAAGGUUCAGGGAAUAGAAAACAUAAGCGUAUGAUCAAGAACAGAGAAUCUGCAGCUCGUUCCAGAGCUAGGAAACAGGCUUAUACAAACGAGUUAGAGAUUGAAGUUGCUCACUUACAGGCAGAAAAUGAAAGACUCAGGAGACAACAAGAGCAGUUAAGAAUGGCGGCAGCAAAUCAGCCACCCAAAAAGAAGACACUUCAACGGUCUUCCACAGCUCCAUUUUGAGAAAUCUACAAGUCCUUAUCUCUCUUUUGGGGAUUGAGAGGCUUUCACGAAGAAGUGAAAAAAUGGGAAAGUUUGUACUUUUUAUAUUAGCUAUAAGUAUAACUAAGCUAAAUCUGUAGAACCAAGAUAUUGCAGGGUAAAGAAGUAGUAAAAAGAACAAG